AUGGCAGCUUUUGACGAAGCACCCACCCCUACACCUGCGUCGUACCCUGCUUUCACCGCCGUCGUCGAGUCGAAUGGGUUGAAGGCGGCAAUCGUGGACUACGACAAUGUCCGCCAGCGAGUCCUCAAGGUCGACUUUCCGCCACGCUCAGAUAUCGUAGCUGGCGGCGACGUGGGCAACGACAACCAACCAGCCAUCCACUAUACCACCGAAGGAGGCGGAGGAGGUGCUAAUGAAGGCGGCCAUGAACAGAACAAUGUCCAAGCAGUUAAUCUCAAUGGCGCCGACGCCGGUACCGACGCUCGCCACCCCAACAGAAACAGGGCUCGCGAUGGAAUCGUAGCCUUCUUCUUGGGCUUCGUCCUGGUCAAUCUGCUUCAAGACGUCGUCAUGAAGAUUAAGGCCGUCCUCGACGCCAGCAACUAA